GGCUGAUUUCCUUCAGAAUGGAGAGCUUUGAUCUUCUUGCAGUCCAUGGGACUCUCAAGAGUCUCCUCCAGCACCAGAAUUCAAAAGCAUCAAUUCUUCGGCAAUCAGCCUUCUUUAUGGUCCAGCUCUCACUUCCAUACAUCACUACUGGGAAAACCAGAGCUUGAACUAUACGGACCUUUGUCGGCAAGGUGAUGUCUCUGCUUAUUAUUAUAUUACAAGAUGAGAAACAAAUAAAAAUAAUCAUGACAAUUAUAAUAUCAUAUUAAGCAAGGGACGGAGCUGGGGGCACCGCCUUCUCUCCCUCCCUCUAUGGGGUCAGGAUUCUUCCCCCCCCCCACUUUCUCUCAGGCCCAGGAAUACUUGGCGGGGCCUUUGGGGGGUCACAGAGUGAGACCCCCCCGCACCUAUUUUAGGCACUGCCCGGGGGUGUGAAAUGGGCUCCCCUGCAAGCCAAAGGUCAUGACCUCCAGCGGCCAACAGCAUCCGGGUCAUUGAGCCCGAGGUGCCCCCGGUCCCCCCCUCCGUGCAUCUCCUUCUCUCCUGUCCCCCUUUCCCUUCCCCUCUCCCCUCACCUCCCACUUCGUUGCUGAGGGAGAAGCCGGCCCCGGUUCGAAACCCCCAUGCCCCCGGAAGCGCAUCUGCCAUGCUCCGGAAGCGCUCUGCGGCGGUGGGGGGUGUUUCCGGUCUUGUUUGUUUCACUCAACGUCUUUCACCGGAAGUGUUUUCCCCUCUUCACUUUUUCCUAACUCUAGGUUUUCCACGUGCCCAGUGCGCAGGCGCGUGGGUGGAGCCUCUUCGUCCCCGGCGGCUGGAAAGGCUCCUGACCCCGCCCCUCCCAGGAGGAUUCCUGUGCGCCUGCGCAGUGGAGCCCUGUAGCGUCUGCGAGGGGCGUGUUUAAUCAGGCGCUUAUUCAUGCAGCUGUUAAGGAGGGAGGGGAAAGGAGGGGCAAGUUAUUUGAUUGGUUGAUCGACCAAGCAAUGAAAUAAUUUAAUUGGUUGAUUUAAAAAAUGCAAUUCUUACUUCAAGCUGAACCCUGUUUAAUUUUAUUGUCAAUAAAACCAGAUUCGGUAGUAAAGGAGGAGUAUUUAAUGUGUUUGAAAAUGCUGCAUUUGGGAUGGGAAGAGGAAGCUGGGGAGAAACUGACAGCUGAUUGUUUCGCCCGCUAGAGCUGCUUGCAUGUGGCUACUUUCAGCCCCAAAACCAAAAUGUUUAAUAAGGGAAAAACAAGAACAAAAGUUUGCAUGAAAGUGGCAGAGGCAGUUUGGUGCAGUGGUUAGAGCAGUGGUGGCCAAACUUGGCCCUCCAGCUGUUUUGGAACUACAGUUCCCACCAUCCCUGACCACUGGUCCUGUUAGCUGUGGAUGAUGGGAGUUGUAGUCCCAAAACAGCUGGAGGGCCAAGUUUGGCCACCACUGGGUUAGUGUCAGACUGGGACCUGGAAGAGAGAAGAGUUUGAAUUCCUCACCGGGCUCUCACAGGGUGACCUUAGGUGCCAGUCACUGCCUAACCUACCUUGCGGCCUUCUGUUGUUGGGGGCAUAAAAUAAGGAGGAGGAGAGCCAGAAAAAGGUUGAAUAUAAAUGCAAGUAAUAAUUGUCAUUGAUAAUAGUGAGCAGGGAAUGGGCCAGAUCCAUACUUCACCUGUUGGACUUCCGCACCCCCUACAAAUCAACCCUUGCCUGUUCAGGGUGCCAAGCUUGCUUCACUCCGUCUGCAACUCGCCUGCCUGCCUGCCUGCUGUAAUAUCAUUCAAUAAAUGCAUUUACGUAGGAGCUCUUCAGCCCCUUCUGGACCGGUCAUUCCUAGGGUCCAGAUAGGAGGUGUGAAGUAGCAGCUUAAAAAACAGCAACCCAAAAGCAUGCGCAGAGUUCCUCUCCUCUCUGCCCUAUUCAUUGGCGAGCAAGCAAACUGCCUGAGUCGAUCCGAUGAAACAGCUUCCUUGGCAGGUCUUAUUUCUAUGGUUUGGAAGAAUCACUUGCAGAAGUACAAAUUUAUUCAAAAUUGCAAAAUGAUAAAAUCAGCUGCUGUCGAUGCCACCUGCUUUUUAGGACCUAAAUAGAAAGCAUCCGGUUCUGCAACAAGCAAGCCACUCCUUCCUGGAAUUAGAACUCACUAUUUGUCUCCAAAGUCCAAAGUUCUAACCUCUGUUAUGUAAAAUCUUCCCAGAGCUCAGCAGCAACAGCAGAGAUCAUGCUUUGAACUCAGAAAGUCCCAUCCUGAGAUCUAAACAGUAAAGAAUCAGUCACCUACUACAAGCAGCCGGAAGGGCCUUUCAAAUUCAAAUGCAAACUUUGCUUAUCUGGUCUGAAAAGCAGGGGUUUUUUUGGGGGGUGGACAUCUCUACAACACAAUUCUAUGUGUUUGGGACAUGGGGUAGGUUGCCAACAAACUCAGCUCUUAUUCUGAGGGAUAUUUCUUCCACUUCUUUCUGUAAUGUUCUUGUUAUAGGAAAAAAUGGGGGGGGGUUGGCUUUUGCUGCCCAGCUCCCCAAGGGACUGGGUCCCCUAAGUCCAUGAUUGGUCAGAGAUGAAUGGAUGGAGGCAAAAUCUUUAUUUUUCUGUUGCAACAAAGUUCCCUCCCCUCCUUGCAAGGAGGUAGGAGAGAUCCAGAACAAUGGUGCACAAGCCCCUAUAGAGACCUUUGAAAUUGCCCACCCAGAGCAGCGCAUGGAAACGCCGUUUACCUUCCCGCCAGAGUGGUACCUAUUUAUCUACUUGCACUUUGCCGCGCUUUUGAACUGCUAGGUUGGCAGGAGCAGGGACCGAGCAACUGGAGCUCACCCCGUCGUGGGGAUUCGAACCACUGACCUUCUGAUCGGCAAGUCCUAGGCUCUGUGGUUUAGCCCACAGCACCACCCACGUCCCUAAUAAUGCCUUGCUUGAUUGCAUUAUCUGGGUAGCUUGGCCAUUCCUUUGAGAUGGUAAAUACCGUAUUUUUUGCUCUAUGAGACUCACAUUUUCCCUCCUAAAAAGUAAGGGGAAAUGUGUCUUAUGGAGCGAAUGCAGGCUGCGCAGCUAUCCCAGAAGCCAGAACAGCAAGAGGGAUUGCUGCUUUCACCGCGCAGCGAUCCCUCUUGCUGUUCUGGCUUCUGAGAUUCAGAAUAUUUUUUUUCUUGUUUUCCUCCUCCAAAAACUAGGUGCGUCUUGUGGUCUGGUGCGUCUUAUAGUGCGAAAAAUACGGUACUUUAGUUUCUGAAUCUCUUACACAUACUGUAUUGAAAGUUUGCUCAACUUAACAGAUACUUUCGGAACUGUAUUUGCAGGGACUUGUAAGUUCCUACAGUCCAAAGACAAUUGGAAAGCUUUCCCCAUUUCCUUUCCUCCUUGCAGAGAAAUAUAUUGAGGUCAAUUUGGGAGAGUCAAAAUGGCUUCAGGAUUGCUCUCCUGUACUAUUUCAGACACGUGGUUUAUACAUUUAUGUAUGUGUUUGCCUUGUACAUUUAUGAACAUUUAUUCUAUAUUUGAGACCUUAGAAUUCUUAUAACACUCUUAACUGCCUUCUCCAUAGCCAGAUAAAGGUUAUCUCUGAAUACCUGAUUCUGAGCACAACUGACAGAGCAAAGUCUUCUGUCUCCCAGGAAUCUGCUUUGCCAGCAAAUCAAGGACAGGCUCAGGUGCGCGUUGGCCUGAUCUGACAAGGCAGUCCGCCUGCUGCUAAGUCCUCAUCAUGAUCUGUGCAGUUUAUUAGCAACCAUAAAACUGUUUGUCCCAGGAAGGCUGAGUGAGGUCCUGGGCGUACGCCAAGCAGAUCUCAUGCAUGCUUCUAAGUCUCAAAGACUUCAGUCAAGGAGACUCACGGUCGCAUAAGAAGUACUUAUUCCUGCAUUGCAGGGGGGUUGGACUAGAUGAUCCCUGGGGUCCUUUUCCAAGUCCACGAUUCUAAGCAUCUUUGCAAUGGUUUAGGGCUUAAGGUAACAUCCUUAGUAUAUGCUGAGGGUCUGCCACGCUCUCCUGUUCUGAUCUGCAGGUCCAAAUGCAGACCAGGGCAAAGGCUUGACCAAUGCUUCGAAGGACCCAGUUGCAGGGAUGCCAAAACAAGAUGCACAAAACUCCAGAGUAGCUCAGUUGGUUGGAGGGUGGCACUGAUAACGCCAAGGUUGCAGGUUCGAUCCCUGCAAGAGACAGCUGCAUAUUCCUGCAUUGCAGGGGGUUCCACUGGGUCCCUUCCAACUCGACAAUUCUCUCUGAAUUCUGUUCUAAUUCGAAUGCUUUAUUAUAAAGGUGUAUCAAGAGAUUUACAUGCAGGAUUCCUUGCCACUACGCUUCAGGACGGCCACUGAAGCGGCAUGGCUUUGCCAGUGAGGCUUACUUAUAGGAAAAGCAAGCUCAGAUAGCUGGCAGUAACAGCCCCAUUUCUUCUUCUUCUUUGGUGAUCCCUCGUAGCCGAGUAAGAUUGUCUUCCAUGAACACGGUUUUAACAAUGAGUCCGUAAGUGACUGUGGAGGCCAGUUCUGGAUCCACAUGUCCUUCCACAGUGGGGACAUUGGUUUCCGCGCAGGAGUUGAUCACGGUGUGGAUUUGCCAAGCGUGCCUUCCUCUUAGCACGUUUCUCCCUUGCGUCCUGAGUUUGAGUGUCUUCAAGGCCCAUGACACCUUUGGUAAAGGCUGUUCUCCAACUGGAGCGCUCGCAGGCAAGUGUUUCCCAAUUGUCAGUGUUUAUACUACAUUUUUUUAGAUUUGCCUUGAGAGAGUCUUUAAACCUCUUUUGUUGACCACCAGCAUUACGCUUUCCAUUUUUAAGUUUGGAAUAGAGUAGUUGCUUUGGAAGACGAUCGUCAGGCAUCCGCACAACAUGACCAGUCCAACAAAGUUGAUGUUGAAGAACAUUGCUUCAACACUGGUGAUCUCUCACUGGUGAGAGCCAGUGUGGUGUAGUGGUUAAGAGCGGUAGUUUCGUAAUCUGGGGAACCGGGUUCGCGUCUCCGCUCCUCCACAUGCAGCUGCUGGGUGACCUUGGGCCAGUCACACUUCUCUGAAGUCUCUCAGCCCCACUCACCUCACAGAGUGUUUGUUGUGGGGGAGGAAGGGAAAGGAGAAUGUUAGCCGCUUUGAGACUCCUUAAAGGGAGUGAAAGGCGGGAUAUCAAAUCCAAACUCUUCUUCUUCAUCAUCAUCUUUGCUUCUUCCAGUACACAGGUAUUACCGUAGUUCACCUAUCCUCCCAAGUGAUGUGUCAAAUUUUUGGGAGACACCAAAAAAUUAACCACCCCUGGCCUAGAGGCCUCUUCCCCACCACUCAACAGGCUGGCAGCUGGAGAAGCCUGCCCUCCCCCAACUCGCUAAACCAAAAGUUAAGGCUUCAAAGCAAGCAGAUAAGCAGAUGUAACCCCAUUUUACAGCUCACAGCAAUUCACCCCGCUGUUCUCUUGGGGCAAUUGCAUCCUCACCCCAGUUUAAAACUACUGCCCUUUAUUCCAACUCAUGCUGCAUCUAUAUUGGACUUGAAACCGUUUCACAUUGUAUAUUUACCAUAUUUUUCUGUGUAUAAAAGGUAAAGGUAAAGGUACCCCUGCCCGUACGGGCCAGUCUUGACAGACUCUAGGGUUGUGCGCUCAUCUCACUCAAGAGGCCGGGACCAUUAUGCUAAAAAUUGGGGGUCGUCUUAUAUAUGGAUAGUGGAGAGGUGGGACGGGCGAUUGGUGGCUGCCGCGAGCAGGAGGUUGCCAGCGGCGUUUUUGCAUGUGAUUGGUGGGUGCGGGAAGAUCCACUGGCUGCUGCGGCAAUUGGGCGUGCGAUUGGCGCUUGCUUUCGGUGAGCGUGCAGAUGAUUGGUGGCUUUGUCGAUGUGUGUGCAAUUGGCUGUGGCGGUCCUGCAGCUUAGGGAUUUUCAACACCCCCCCCAUAAAAAGCUCAAUAUGUCUGGGCAAUCCUCCCCCCCCCCAUUUUCUCAACUUGGAGUCCCAAAAUAUAUACAUGGGGGCGUCUUAUAGAUGGAAAAAUACGGUAUUUUAUUACAGUGUUUUAGACUGUUUCUCUCCCCCACCCCCAAUCCCACAAUUGCUACAGUAUGAAAUUGUGCAACUGUUUCUAUUGCUGAUGCUUUUUAUGAGGAAUUGCUUCAAAGUAUUUUAUGAAUGGAAGUCAUGAAUGGAAAUAAAUAGGCAAAUAGACAAAGCUUUCCUUUGGGGUGUCUUUGAACUCUUCGAUUCUAUGUUUUGGAGCACUUCCGAGGUGAUAUUCUCUGUCUCCUUGGUGGGGCACGCUUGGCAAGUGGGAGCUCAGUGCUCCUUUGAACAAUCAUUGACUGACAAUUUCUCGGCUGAUCUUUGGAACCAGUUCCUAUUUCCAGGCAUAUUGGGAAGUCUGCUUCUUUAAGGCUUAAGGAGCUCUUGGCUUUCAUCAGCUGUGCUGCCAGCCCACCUGAGAGAGAGAGAAAGCAGCUGCAGGUGAGAAUGCUCAGGUAUAAAAAGUCUGUUGGGAGGGUUUCUUGUGUUUGAAAGUGGGUCUUCCUUGGCUGUAUGUGCAGGUAAGUGAUGGAGGAAUGGACUGGUGCUCCUUUAGAAACUCUUGCCUAAUAUGCUUGUGAAGGACAGUUUUCUGGAAUUACAAUGCUGUUUGUGGAACACUGCUCAUCUCCCCUUGUAUCUUUCCUUUCUUGUUUUCAUGUCUUUCUUCCUUGUUGUUGUUGUUGUUGUUACUGCUUUUUAUGUAUUAGAAAGUGAGGGCAACUAUUUUAAAAAGUGGACAGAAAUAAAACCAAGUUAAUGGCUAUGGUUUUCCCGGCUCCUGUGGAUUUGGGUCGUGGGCUCUUCCUCUGGGUUGCUGUUUGUUCUACAGUGGUACCUCGGGUUAAGUACUUAAUUCGUUCCGGAGGUCCAUACUUAACCUGAAGCACCACUUUAGCUAAUGGGGCCUCCUGCUGCUGCCGCGCCGCUGGAGCACGAUUUCUGUUUCAUCCUGAUGAAAAGUUCUUAACCCGAGGUACUAUUUCUGGGUUAGCGGAGUCUGUAACCUGAAGCGUAUGUAACCUGAAGUGCAUGUAACCCAAGGUACCACUGUAUUACUUAUUUCAUAAAAUUUAUUCACCACCUGAAUGUAAAACACACUCAAAUCCAUUCACAAAAAAGGGAAAAAUAAAAUUGCCAAUAAGAAUUAGCAAUUUAUGAUUUUUAAAAUGUUAAAAUAAUAUUCAAUCUUGCAUCACCUUUUAAAAUACCUGGGCAGCCUUGUCUACACAAAAAUGUUUUCAGGAGGCACAAAGAAUACAGCAAAGGUAUACAGCCUUACCGAUGUCAAUAAGCAGGGAGUUCCAGAGGGCAGAUUUUGCCACACUGAGAGAUCAAGUUCUUAACAAUACAGAACAGAUAUCACUUGGCACCAGUUCCGCAGAUCAAAGCAGUCAAGUGGGCAUAUAAAGGGCACUUGUUCUCUUUUGCAAGGCUUUGUAUUCCAGCAAAAAUAAGUUUAGUGUGUUUUUUUUAAAACCUGAGAAGUUGAAUGGGGAUACUGGUUUCCAAAAGUGUGGGUAAGGGAAGUUCUCUGCUGAUCUUACCUGGGUGAGUAGACACAGUUGGGGGGGGGAGGGAGGGAGUUAAGGAAAGAUGACUGAGGUGGGGGCAGAAUCAUCUGCUGCAAUUUCCUCUCCUGGUUGCAGGCAGUGUUGAUCACAGCUCCAGACAUGCUCAGUUCACGGCACUGAGAGCAGCCGACAAAGCUGCCCUCUGCAGCCUUGACAAGCCAGGUGGGUCCUUGUGAUAUUGCAGCUAUUUGGUUCUUUGAAUCUAUUCCUUUCUCUCUCUCUCUCCCGCCACCAUCUGCAGGGAGAUGGCAGCGUGCAGGAAGUUGCUGGGGCUGCUGGCUCUCUUGGCUGCCGGGGCUGCUGAUGUCUCGGUGCUGAACACGUGCAUGGAUGGCAAACAUCACAAAACGAAGCCUGGUAAAGAGGAUGAGCUGCAUGGGCAGGUAGGCUCUCUCCCCAAAGGGGAUUCUGAAACUCAGUUCUAUUCCCUGAUCUGAGCUGUGCCAGAGAGAGUGAAUGGAGGGCAACAGCAGUAAAAUAUACUCAGUCGAGAGUGGAUUUCAUGCUCUUUAUUCAGCUCAUAGUGGUGAGGAGGAAUGGAAGUUCCCCCAGAAUGUCUGCUUUAUAGACAUUAUUUACACGAUGGGCCCCACGUGAUUGGCUAAUUCCAGGAUUCUCCUGUAGGCCAAUCAGGUUGCAGAUUCACUUCCACCUGGAGCUGGAUUGGGUGGCUCCUGUGGACCAAUCAGACAGCUGUAUUCUGGAUCCUAUUGUUCUAGGGCCAAUCAGACUGCUGCAUUCUGAAUCCUAUUGUUCUAGGGCCAAUCAGACUGCUGCAUUCCAAAUCCUAUUGUUCUAGGACCAAUCAGGCUGCUGCAUUUUGGAUCCUAUUCAACUCAGUACAUAACAGGCAGCCUUUGCCAAACCUGGUGCUCUGCUGAUGAUGAUGGACUACAACUCCCAUCAAUCUCAGCCAACAGAGGUUGGGCAAGGCGAUAGCUCUGAAGGAAAGCCAGCUUACUAUUUUUAAUUUUUGCUAAGGCUAUUCUAGGCUGCAUCAACAGAGGUCUAGUGUCCAGAUCAAGUGAAGUAAUAGUCCCAGUCUAUUCCAUCUUGGUCAGGCCCCAUCAGUGUCCAGUUUGGGGCACCCCGGUUUAAGAAGGAUGUUGACAUCCUUCUGGAAGGGGUCAGAGGAGUAUAACCAAGAGUAUCUCCGGGCCACAAGCCUGGGUAGUGUGUAUGGAGUUCCUGGACUGUCUAGAUAAGUCUCAUUGAUGUGGUCUGAAGGAAAGCAGAGCAAGAUGUUUGACACCAGUUGGCUGCAGGAAGAAUAAGAAGAGGAGUUUGGAUUUGAUAUCCCGCUUUAUCACUACCCUAAGGAGUCUCAAAGUGGCUAACAUUCUCCCUUCCCUUCCUUCCCCACAACAAACACUCUGUGCGGUGAGUGGGGCUGAGAGACUUCAAAGAAGUGUGACUGGCCCAAGGUCACCCAGCAGCUGCAUGUGGAGGAGCGGGGAAGCAAACCCGGUUCACCAGAUUACGAGUCCACCGUUCUUAACCACUACACCACACUGCAGAAGUUGCUGGAAGGAGGCGGACAAGGUGCCAUCCAACCGCCUUAGGGACCCCACUCUGGAUUUGUGUAGGGUUUACUCCUUAGGGUCUGGAAACCAACCCUUAAGAGCUGGGGUAUCCCUUCCAACCCUAUAGUUCUAUAGGUGUACGAUUUAAUGACAAGCGAAAUGAGAAUAAAUUUGCCACUGGCUGGGAAGCAGGGCUUGGGGUGUGAGCGAGUGAAGGCAGCGUGGAACAUCCUAGUCGUCUUGUGACUUGGGAGGGCGGUCGAGGUGCUAGAUGAGUUGGCCUUUCCUCCCCCAUCCCUCUUUCCCUCUCCUCCCAUAGUGCUCCCCAUGGAAAGAAAAUGCUUGCUGUACAAAUAGCACGAGUCACGCCGCACAUGAUGACCAGUCCUACCUGUACAACUUUAACUGGAACCACUGCGGGAUCAUGUCAGAUGCCUGUAAACGACACUUCAUCCAGGACACCUGCCUCUACGAAUGUUCGCCCAACCUGGGCCCCUGGAUUAACAAGGUGGGCUUGGGGGUUUGACCUUUAAAGCCCUAUGCGGCCUAGGACCCACAAACCUACGGGACCGCCUCUCCUGGUAUGCCCCGCGGAGGACCUUAAGGUCCACAAAUGACAACAUUUUAGAGGUCCCAGGUCGCAAGGUGGUUAGAUUGGUCUCCACUAGGGCCAGGGCCUUUUCGGCACUGGCCCCGACUUGGUGGAACGCUCUGUCACAAGAGACUAGGGCCCCAGCGGGACUUGACAUCUUUCCGCAGGGCCUGCAAGAUGGAGCUGUUCUGCCUGGCCUUUGGUUUGGAAUCAGUCCCUUAUGUUUCCCUCCCCUUAUGGUCUUGAUCUAUGGGCUACUAUUAACACGAGGCUGCAUUUUAAAUUGUAUUUUAAAUUGGGUUUUCUCUCCCCCCGCCCAUUAUGUUUUUACUGUAAUUUUACUGGUGUUAGAUGCCCUGAGCCCGGCUCUGGCCGGGGAGGGCAGGGUCUAAAUAACAUUUAAUAUUAGCAUUUCACCUGUGUACAUCUACCCCCACGCACCCCUGAAAGAGAACCAGGCCGAAUUUGCUGGACUUUGGGUCCCCCACAUUUUUUCAUGUCUAGAGAAAGGAAUUGCAGCAGUUGUUCUCAAACCUUCUGGGGGACCACCCCACCCUGGUUCCAUAAAUUCAUCCCCCAACUCUAUGGAAUGUGUUAUUCAGAAUAAUGGUUUGUAUGACCCACUCAGGAAGGCAGUAACAUGAAAAAAUGCAAAACCAUAACAACUAAUUGCCCAUUUAUUCAAAAUCCAGUUAAAAUUAUUUAGUUUAAUUCAAUUUGUUUUAAAUAUAUUUUUAUUAAUUCUCUAAAGAUAUUUCAAAGCAUUGAUCAUGCAGUUUUUCUUUAACAUACAUAGCUUCUUCUUGACUUCCUACCCUGCCUUUCCUGAUUAUUUUUUUUACUAUUUUAUUAGCUGUCUUAUAACACAUGCUUUUAUUGUCUAAACCCCAAUAUCAUUGGUUAUUUCAAUAAUCCCCUGCUUAUACUUCAAAUCCUGACUUCAUAUACAAGUGAUAGUUUUUUUUGUUUUUUUUAAAUGAUAUUUAUUAAAAGUUUAAGAAUUACAGAAAAAAGAGAAAAAGAAAACAACAAAAAAUUUGACAAAGCAUACAUUACAAUACAUAAAAAGAAAAGCAUAAACAAUACAACAUUACAGCAAAAAAAACACACAGUAACAUUAAAACACACAUCCAAUGUUCCAUAUCUUUAUCUUUCAUUUACUUGUUUCAUCCACCUCCUCACACCUCCCUUUUUGUAUUCUAAUUUAAUUAAUUGUUUCAGCAAAUUCUUUCCAUCUUUCUCAAUUUUUGUUAUAUAAUUUAUCUUAACAAUCUAACCUUUUAAUUAACUCAACAAAUCCUUUCCAUCUUUCACUAUAUUCUGUCAUUCAAUUUACCUUAAUUUAUUUAACCUUAUCUUACCAUAAAAAAACCUUAAAACUUAAUGUACAUAACUCCUUAUAUCAUUUCUACUAAAGCCAAAUAGUUUCAUUCCAACAUUUUUCCUAAUACUCGUUAAUUUUACACUAAUUCUCAAAAUAAAUUUUUAAAAACUUUCUUCCAAUCUUCAUCCAACGUCUCUUCUUCCUGGUCUCGGGUUUUGUCAGUCCUUCUUGUCCAUUCCAUCUAGUCCAUCAACCUGGUGAUCUUAUGUCCGAGGCUCUUAAGUCUUUUCCAUGUCCCUUCUGCAGAUCUUCUUCUUGUUUAUACCUGCACUUUACUUUGUCUUUUGUUGAUCUUUUUCUUAAUUUCUUUCCUUUCUCAUUGGGGGUAGGUCUCGGGAGGACUCCAAUCCAAAAAUAUCUCCAUCUCUCCUCAGCAGAUCAGCCCAUUCCCCACAGUCCCAUUCCCCACAGUCAACACUGUAAUCCAGAAAGUAUUUAAAAGCAUGUUUCAAAGUCCUUCCAAAAUUAAGAGCCCUCACAACUCCAGACCCCCCCUGGUCCACUCCAGAUUCAAACUUCAAGAACAGCGGCUUAUGCUCCUGCAAGGCCUCGGAUCUCUCCAUUUGUGUUACUUGAGGUUCAACAGCAGCCUCCUCCAUUAUCUUCUGCACUUGCGCUUGCCCUGUCAAAACAAGUUCCUGGGCUGGUUCCUGAAUGGUUUCUAUAUGGGUAUUCACCGUUUGUCCAAAGUUUUUAACUGCAACAGUCAUCAAAUCCAUCUUCUCAUGCAUCUGCUCCAGCAAAGCGCUUGUCUUGCAAAAAGCAAGCACCAAAACUUCUUCUAAACACAUUUUUAUUCAAGGUCAGAGUCUGGUCUCACGAUCCUAAUCUUACAGCUGUGAAAUCCCCAGAUCGACUCCGGCAACAAAUUAACAAGCUCCCUCUAGAGGAGACAAUUUCUAUUUGUAUCCAUCUUUUGAAAGCAGGACCAACAAAAGAAAAUUACUUCCAUUUUUCAAAUACUUUGUUUCUUUUGAAUACAAGAAGCAACAUUGGAGUCAAUUUGUUUCUCUUUUUUUACUAUCUGUCAAAAGACGUUCCAUUCACAGUCGAUGAACUUCCCCAUAAAUUUCUGUCUCUGACACCCCAGGUUUGAGACGGUGGAAAUUUAUAUUUCUUUACUCUCUCUCCUGCAGGCUUAAACAGUCAAAAAUUCCCCCCUUUUCUCCUGCUUCCAAGAGGGGUUUUGGUGAUAAUAUAAUAACUGAAGGAAAUUUAGACCUUUAUAUACGACUUUCCAGACUUUAGCUUACAAAGUUUUUGCUUCAAUCUAUUUACAAAAACGGGAGGCGGACUUCCUGUUUAGAGCCUUCCCGCUUCAGUGCCAAAUUAAAAUGUUUCUUAAUCCAAUUUUCCGUUCUACUCACGGGUACUUGUUUAGAGUCCAAUUGUCCACAGGAAAAAGUCAGCGCUCUCCGGCAACGGCUGUGCGGCUUCACUCCGUAAAAGUAGUGGUUGAUUCAAAACACCGCGCCACUCACCCCACGUCGCUUCGGAUCCCCGAGAAAGGGUUUCCCUGCGAGUAGGGGAGGCGCUCCUGGUGUCAGCCAAAUCCCACAUUCCCAGGCCUCCUCCGCCUGGGAUUUUUAGAGGGUCUCCGCCUUCGCCGCGGCGGCAAGACCUGAUUUUCACGGAGCGGGUUCCUCUCGGUCAGAGGAACUCCGCCAUUGCUGAUGGCGCUAACCCGGAAGUCCAUAUACAAGUGAUAGUUUGAUACGUAACAUUGGGGAACAAAAUUUUUGUUGCAUUGACAUCUGCAGUUGUUCUAACUUAAUUUUGAUGUACUGAUUACAUAUCUGAAGUUGGUUUUCUUCUGUAAGCUCUAGUUUUUUUGCAGUUCGUUUUUCACUUUUUACCAUAAUCUUUUUCACAAUGCAAGAAUUCAAUAUUUUAUUAAACACAUAGACAAAGUAGUACAAUAUGAGUAUAAAUGUACGUGACUUGAAGAAGCCAUGGUCCGAUCUGAAAAAUACAAAUAUUUAGGUUACAGCACUAUAAAAAUAAAGAAAAAUUAAGUUUGCAAAAUAAUAACCACCAUGUGGUUAGGGUAGAUCAACGUGUCAGUGUCCACUUAUCCCCAGUGUAAACAUGACAUAUAGGCAAAAGUCGGAAAUUGAAAGAUAACUAUAGCAUGGACACAAAAAUCGAUUUCAGAUUUGAAAUCAGCAUUGAAAGAACAUAUAAGGACAGUUGAAAAAUCUCAUGCAACAGAAAAUGGGAAAAAACCCCAAAACUGUUCCCCAGUGAUCCAUCAAUGGUCCCCAUGCCUCCUUAAACAGUUCAUCAUUAUGAAAGCUGGAGAUAGAGACUUGCUUGCUCUGUGCUGGAUCCAAAGCUGUGAUGAAUAGAGAAGCAAAAUCAGUUGAUCUAGUGCUGUGAAGCCCCUCCAUCUUGUGCCCAGGCUGUGUACCUGUGCAAAUAAAACCAGAUAUCCUAAAGACAUCGGUCUCUGCUGACUUUCAUUCCAAGGAAACCUGGGCAGUCUCCUGGAGUCUCACUGCUCAGAGAUUGGGGUGGCGUAGAACAACAUUUCUUGGGCUUUCAGAGCUGACGAAAUUGAGCUGCAAGCUGUGUCAUUAAUCUUUGGGUGCGGGGCGCCCUUCCACUUCUCCCUAACCUUCCCCCACCCCCUGCAUAAAUCUAACUCAUUCCUCCCCGUGCAGGUGGAUCAGACCUGGCGCAAAGAAAGAAUCCUGGAUGUCCCGCUGUGCAAAGAAGAUUGUGAGCAGUGGUGGAACGACUGUCGGAAGGACAUGACGUGCAAGAAGAACUGGCACGUGGGCUGGGACUGGUCCCAAGGUCAGUUGGCGCUGCAGAGAGCAAGAGCUUCCUGGUGCUUUGGCCUCCCAUGGGAGUUUGAAGGAGGGGAAAUAAUAUAAAUAUAAAUAUAAAUAUAAAUAUAAAUAUAAAUAUAAAUAUAAAUAUAAAUAUAAAUAUAAAUAUAAAUAUAAAUAUAUAAAUAUAAAUAUAUAAAUAUAAAUAUAAAUAUAAAUUUAUUAUUUAUAUCCCGCCCAUCUGGCUGGGCUUCCCCAGCCACUCUGGGUGGCUUCCAACAAAAUAUUAAAAUACAGUAAUGCAUCAAACAUUAAAAGCUUCCCUAAAGAGGGCUGCCUUCAGAUGUCUUCUAAAAGUCUGGUAGUUGUUGUUCUUUUUGACAUCUGAUGGGAGGGCUUUCCACAGGGCGGGAGCCACUACCGAGAAGGCCCUCUGCCUGGUUCCCUGUAACUUGGCUUCUUGUAGCGAGGGAACUGCCAGAAGGCCCUCGGAGAUGGACCUCAGUGUCCGGGCAGAACGAUGGGGGUGGAGACGCUCCUUCAGGUAAACUGGACCGAGGCUGUUUAGGUUGCAGAGGUGGGACUUCUGGCCAAAAUAAAGCCAGUUCACACAUAAUAUUAAGCCCCUAGAUUAUUUCAAAACCAAGGGUGUGGAACUAGACCAGGUCAGAGGGUCAGUUCCUUAUCUCCUCCACCCAAUCGCAGGGCCAGGUCUGAGAGGUGAGUGGGGCGUUGGGUGGCUUAUAAAGCUCAAUGUUGGAAGAUUCAGGACACAAAAGGACUUUACACUGUGCAUGGUUAAACUGUGGAACUCUCUGCCACAGGAGGCAGCGGUGGCCUCCAGCUUUAAAAGAGAAUCAGACAAAUUGAUGGAGCAGGAGAGGGCUAGUGAUGGCUCCUAGCCAGGAUGGCUGUGCUCUGACUCCCCAGAGGCUGCAAUGCUUCUGAAUCCUGGUUUGCUGGGAACUGCCGGGAGGGCAGCACUGUCCUUGCGCUUGAAUCCUGCUUGCGGGUUUCACUUUGCGGCAUCCUGUUGGCCACUGUGAGAGCAGGAUGCUGGCCUAGAUGGGCCCCCCUUGGCCUGAUCCAGCAAGCCCUUGUUAAUGUUCUUACAGACCUGACAGUCCAGGUGAGUGUUUAUUUGUCCGGCUGUGCACUAAUGCAAACUCUUUUUAAAAAAUGAAUUGUCCAAAUCAUUUGGCCAAAAUCAAAAUCAGUACAUGUGAAAAGGAUCUAGGAGUCUUGGUUGACCACAAACUUGACAUGAGCCAACAGUGUGACGUGGCAGCUAAAAAAGCCAAUGCAAUUCUGGGCCUCAUCAAUAGGAGUAUAGCAUCUAGAUCAAGGGAAGUAAUAGUGCCACUGUAUUCUGCUCUGGUCAGACCUCACCUGGAGUACUGUGUCCAGUUCUGGGCACCACAGUUCAAGAAGGAACACUGACAAACUGGAACGUGUCCAGAGGAGGGCAACCAAAAUGGUCAAAGGCCUGGAAACGAUGCCUUAUGAGGAACGGCUAAGAGAGCUGGGCAUGUUUAGCCUGGAGAAGAGGAGGUUAAGGGGUGAUAUGAUAGCCAUGUUCAAAGAUAUAAAAGGAUGUCACAUAGAGGAGGGAGAAAGGUUGUUUUCUGCUGCUCCAGAGAAGCGGACACGGAGCAAUGGAUCCAAACUACAAGAAAGAAGAUUCCACCUAAACAUUAGGAAGAACUUCCUGACAGUAAGAGCUGUUCGACAGUGGAAUUUGCUGCCAAGGAGUGUGGUGGAGUCUCCUUCUUUGGAGGUCUUUAAGCAGAGGCUUGACAACCAUAUGUCAGGAGUGCUCUGAUGGUGUUUCCUGCUUGGCAGGGGGUUGGACUCGAUGGCCCUGGUGGUCUCUUCCAACUCUAGGAUUCUAUUCUAUUCUAUUCUAUUCUUCUAUUCUAUUCUAUUCUAAAAUUGUGGGUGGUAUCCAGACAGGCAACGAAUGAAAGAGAAGUGUCAAUUCAGGGGACAGGUUUAUUCCAUAUAUAUAUAUAUAUAUAUAUAUAUAUAUAUAUACUUUAUAUAUAUAUAUUUAUUAGUUUUGUAACAUGCCAUUUUCAACAGUAAUUAAACAUACUUUUACAUCUUAUUCAAUUUUUUGACUUCCAUCAGUCCUGUCUGAAAAUUUUCCGAUAUAAUCUCUUAGUAUGCAUUUCUUAUCUUCCCUAUGACAUUUAAAACUCAUAACCAAUAUCUCUAUCUUUAUCUACUUUGUAACACUUCAUAUAUUUCUCCUUACAAAGCUUCUUGUAGUCCUACUAGCGUAAUUUGUUGGUUACAAUCGCUCUUCAAAUAGUUCAUAUACUUCUUCCAAUCUUCUGUAAAUCUCUGGUCCUGCAGGUUUUGAAUCCUUCCUGUCAUUUUGUCCAAUUCUGCAUAGUCCAUUAAUUUCGUCUGCCAUUCUUCUUUCGUUGGAAUUUCUUCUUGCUUCCAUUUCUGGACUAACAGUACUCUUGCUGCUGUUAUUGCAUAUAAAAACAGUUUGACAUCUUGCCUAUUAAUAUCCUGGCCUAUAAUACCAAGUAAAAAUGCUUCUGGUUUUUUUAAGAAUGUAUAUUUCAACAUCUUUUUCAUCUCAUUCUAUAUCAUUUCCCAGAAGUUCUUUACUUUCUUACAUUCCCACCAUAUAUGAUAAAAUGCUCCUUCUUUUUCUUUACAUUUCCAACAUUUAUUAUUUGUCUUAUACGUUUUAGCUAAUUUGGGGAAAGGGCUUUUUCUUAAGGUUGCUGUCCUGGCUGCCGGGGACAGAUUAAGUUUUGUUACGAUGCCAACUUUGCCUGGUGACUCUCCUCCUUUCUCUGGGAUGGGUACCCAGCCAGCUGAGCAUCUUGGAAUGCCAAGCCUUGCUCAGCCUGGCAUCUCUUCUCUUCAAUUCCAGGGUAUAACCGGUGCCCCCAGGCGUCGAAGUGUCAGCUGUGGGAAUUGGUCUUUCCUAGUCCACAAGACCUGUGUGAGAAGAUCUGGAGCAAGUCCUACAAAUAUACCACCUUCACGAGGGGCAGCAAGCGCUGUAUCCAGAUGUGGUUUAACGAAACGCAGGGCAACCCCAAUGUGGAGGUGGCAAAGUACUAUGCCAAUGCUGGAGCGGGUCUCUCGCCCUGGACGCUCCUGGUUUUGCUUUUCCCUGCCCUCCCAGCAACCCUGUUGUGAACUUUGCAAGGGACUUAUCUGAUCCUGAAGAGUUUUGACCCUGCAAGAUUGCGCUGGGAUUUCCCACUUCCUUUAUCGCGAUGAGAGUGCUCUCGUUCCGGGUUCCCAGGAAAUAACACUCCAGCUUACCUGUAAGAAGAAUUUAUCUUCCGGGACUUCCUCCGAACAUUGUUUCAGCUUAUGUUCAUUUCUAUCACCUCAGCAAACUUGGUCUGCUUACAGGGACUUGGAAAGGGAGGUGGCCUCUAGUAAUAGGGCCGUUUGCAACCCCUGGGAACACACAACUGGAAGAAGGAAUAAAAGCCUGGUUCUUCAAUUUGA